UCCAGCGCCUGACAAGCGCUUAAAAGACCCUUGCGCGAUGCCGUUUUGCUCCGUUGGAGGUUGCUUCACCAAGCGGGAGGAUGGGAAGCGCUUGCUGCGCUUUCCGUUGGGCAGCAAAGACCAACACCGGCUUCGCGCGUGGUUGGAGCUCGUCGACCGCGAAAAUUUUGAGCCCACGGCACACUCCAGGGUCUGUGAGGACCAUUUCGAACAGAGCCAAUUUGAGGCAAACAGGGCGGACGGUCGAAGACUGCUCAAGUCGAAUGCUGUUCCUAGCAUACCAGCGCCGAGAAAUGCACAAAAAGUGCCAAGGAGCAAAGUCCUGAAGAAGCGAAGCAAUGGUCAGCUGCAAGCAACUUCAAGCACUGCAGCAACAACAGAAGUGCAGAAGAAAACUGAACCUGUGGUCAUGCCAGUGCAGUGCUAUGCAGAGCAACUGCUAGCAGCUGAAACCCAAGUCCAAGCUGCACCCAAAGAAGCUACAACCACAGCCACGCAGAGGACAACCUUCCCUGAGGUCAUGUCAGGGGAAUGCCUUCCAGUGGAGCUGCUUACCGUGGAAGUCGAAAUGCCACCUUCGCCCGAGCCUAAAAGUACAACCAUGGACCUAGGACGUGGGAUGCCUUCCGAAUGUGCCAAAGCUGAAGAAGACCUGGCAUUGCCUAUGGAUGAAGGUAAGAAACUGUUCAGUUUUUGUUCGACAUACAAACUGAACUGA